UUCAAUUGAAUUAGCAUUUAUUCGAAAAUAAAAUUCAAGUUGAUAAUAAAACAGUAUUUCAAAGCUGAUUAUUAUAUAUUUAAUUUGAAUUUGAAUUAUUACUCUAUACUUUUAUUUUUAUUAAAAACUACCAUCUUAUCUUAAUUCCUAAAAUUCCCAAUUUCAUUACACAACACAAAUCCUAAUUUACCUUCAUUAACUUAAAUCCUAACCCAUUCACCUUGCCCACCCACACCCUUAGCACACACACAAACUAAACACACGCACCACACUCACUGAAGAAAGAAAUAAAGAAAGAAAAGAAAGAAGGGAAACAGGGGGAAAAGGAUCGCGAAGAAGGGAAGAGGGAAGGAGGAGCUCACCGGCCAGCCGCGCCAACUCCUCGCCGCCGUGCUGCAUCGCCAUCCAAGGGAGGAGGAAGGCCGCUGCUACUGUCCAUAAAAGCCAUCGCCAUCGCGGGUCAGAUCUGAGGUGAGAUAGAGGACCGCGAUGGAGGAAGGAACCGUGCCGCCCAUUCGCUUCCGUGGGGAGUCGCCGGCGUUAUCGCGAGAAGGAGAGAGCUGCGUCGUGGGAGGAGAGCCGUCGCGGAGCUGCCUCUGCCACCGGACCCAACCGCGGUCGCAAGCCUUGUCGUCGCUGCUAGAGGUGCGCCGCCAAGCUCUUGCCACCGGAGAAUAUUGCUACGUCGCCGGGAUCCACUACCGCCGCUAUCAGGGUUCCGUGGAAAGAGGAGGAGCUGGGUGUUGCCGCACCUUGCCUCUGCUGCCGGAGAGCGCCGCUGAAUCCUCUGGCUUGGUAAGCAUUUUUGGUUUGAGAAGCCUCUUUGUCGCUGUUUUGUUAACUCAUGCUGAGAUGUUGCGACGUUGUCCAUCAUAGGGUUGGGUAUCGGUGCUUGCAUGUCGUGUUCGGAGUUUUCAGCCACUUCGUUUUGUUAUUUCAGUAAGUAAUUAAGUUUUGGAAACCCUUGCGUUAGUUUUCUGUUGUGUUUGGUUAUAGAAUUUGAGGUUUGGUAACAUAGGCUCGAGUUCUGAAUAUUGCAUGUUGCAUAAAUAUUGCUGUG